CAUCUACAAUGGCACAGUAGCAUUUGAUUGUGGCUUUUUUUUAUUAUGUUUAUUUUUGUUCAAAUUUUUGUUAAUAUUUUCUAAUUAAAUGUCAAAGUCUGUUUUCAACAGUGUAAAUAAGAUUUUGACAAUACUAAAGCUCUAAUGAUUCUAAAGUGAUUAUAAAAGUUUAUAAAAAUAUCAUUAGUAGUUAGCUUUGUGUAAAUACAUAAUAGAAAAACGAAAUAAUAAAUAAAAUUAAAAUAAUUAUCAACUGGAUUAUUUAUUUAUUAUGGAGUCAUCAUCAGAAAGUGUACUUCCAUAUAUUUUGAUAGGCUGUAUUUUUUAUAUAUUUGGACUGAAAUGGUGCAUCGAGUAUGGAAAAUUGUGGAUUACUCCAAAAACAAGGAUUGAAAGUGAAAACCCUGUACCAAGAGUAGAGCAGUUUGCUCGAGUCUGUGAGAAAUUUUUUGUAAGACAUCCCAUCGAAGGAGGUUUGAAAUUAAUAUGUACAGCCAUUGGUCUCCUGGGAACGAUUAUUAGUGGGUUACCAGAUAAUGACACAGUUUCUCCUAAAGUUGUUCAUGCCACGAUCUACCUUUUCUUUGCUUUCUCUGGCUUGGUUGAUGUUUUAGCAUUUUACUUUCGGCGAAAUGUCUUGAGUGAACUGACUAAUCUAGCUCUAGCACAAAGCUUCUUUGUUGAAGGUUUUCUUUUUGUCUGGGCAACUAAAACUGAUGAAUCAAGUGGAGGUAUGAUAUUAAAUAUUCUUGCUGCAACAGCUUGGACCACAUCUGUAAUAAUUAUUAUUGAAAUUGUGUGGUCUGAUUUAAAACUUUUACGUGGGUUUUCUACAAUAUUACAUGGAGGAUGGUUAGCACACAUGGUUCGUACCUAUCCUACAGUUGUAACUUGCGAAAAAGUCGCAUUAGCAUUCUCAUGGCAUAUUGCUGCCGCAUUUGGAGUAACUUUAUGUGUUGUGACAAUCACUAGAAGAUGCCAACCAAAGCCAGUUCAUCAACCUCAAGAACUUCCUAUUUACGAUUACUGCAAUGAACCUUGCCAUGAUUUAUGUAAUUGAAUCCAAUUGUUUUUAACUCAAUUAGUUGAAUUUAGUCGUAUUUAAACAUUUUGUAUAUUUAUUUUAAUUGUAUAUUACUCAAUGCUUUAGACUGAAUUGAAUAACGUUUAUUCUGAAAGACAAUGUAUUUUAUUACUGCCAACAUUUAAGUUCUCUUUAUUGUAUGUAUACUAACAUUUGUAAUAUUGAAAAUUUUUCAACUGUA